AUGUUUCUCUGCAAAAAGUAUUUCUUGCUGGUCGUCAUUGUCUUACUUUUCACUGUCAAUAUUUUAGCUGCAAUCAAUGAUGAUCUAGAAGAAUUAAAUGUCAAAGAAUUUGUUGAUCGUGAAGUAUCUGGUCAUAGCAUUACAGUCUUCUCAAAAAGUUAUUGUCCCUAUUGCAGAAGAUGUAUUACCUUGCUAAAGAAAUUGAAUAUUUCCGAUCUUCGAGUGAUUCAGUUGGAUGAAAUGGCAGAAGGGGCAGAAAUUCAAGAUGAGUUGAUGAAGAGAACAGGAAGAAGAACAGUUCCUUCCGUUUGGAUUGCCAAACAAUUUAUUGGAGGUUCAGAUGACGUGCAUCAUGCUCACAGGGAGGGUCGAUUACAAAAAUUGUUGCAAGAAAAAGGAAUUUCCUUCACAGACUUCAAAGAUGAGCUUUAA